CUUUUUCUCCUUAAUUAUUUUCUCCAAUUAUUCCUUCAUUCCUAAGUGUUCACCAGUGGGGCAGAUAAGAGAUACAAGUAGUUGGAAAUUGAGAUAAUUGGGUUGACCUGUCAUUAUUGCUAGGAUAAUUACUGGAAGAUUAAACCUAUCUGUUUGAUAUUUUGACCGUGUUUAUAAUUGUUGUUAGUAUUCUGUCAGAAUGUUUCUGUUUUCUAGUUGUUAAAAGAAGCAACAGAAUCGAGGCACAAAUACGAAGAAAUGAAGCAAGAAGAAGCACAACUGAAAGAGCAGCUUUUCCUUUAUAUGGAUAAGUUUGAAGAAUUCCAGACUACCAUGGCAAAAACCAAUGAACUUUUUACAGCCUUCAAGCAGGAAACGGAAAAGCUGACAAAGAAAAUUAAAAAACUGGAAAGAGAAAUGGUAAUAUGGUGUACCAAAUGGGAAAAUAAUAAUAAAAUACUUCUGCAAAUGGCUGAAGAGAAAACUAUUCGUGAUAGAAAUUAUAAAGUUUUUCAAAUAAAAUUGGAGCGAUUAGAGAAGCUGUACAAGGCUCUUCAAAUAGAAAGAAAUGAGCUCAGUGAGAAAGUGGAAGUUCUGAAAGGGCAGGCCUCUGUGAAAGUAGCAGAUGCAGAUUUAGCAGUGCCUGUGAUGCAUUCCUGUGCUGACCUGGAUUCUUCCAAUAUGCUGACCACUUCCUCUAAAAGAGCGCCAGGAGUCCGCUUGGAGGCUGACCCCAAAGGAAUGAAUGAGGCGAAAUGCUAUUCAAAAGGCCCUCUCCACGGGAUCUCUAGGCAUUGAUUAAGAUGAAGUAUGAUCAUUGUAUUGAUGGAUAUAUUUUGUGUACAUAUUUCUCUUUUAGUUGUAACUAUUGGUUUUGUAUGAAAAUUUCCUCUACUUUUUCUAUCAUAUCUGUAUUUUUUUAGAACUACUGGACUGUAUGGUACAGAAAGCU